AUGGAAGAAACAGAAACAGCAAGCAGCAGUUUCCAAUGUGAAGACGUUAUCGUAGAAAUUGAUACAGAAAACCACUGUAAAAGUCAGUCUGGGAAAGCAAGAAGUAGUAAUCAAGCGCGAAGGACAAAUUACUACAUUCGUCGGGAGGCUGUGUUGCGUAUCAAAUACCUAGAAAGAAAAGAAAAAAUGAAAAUUGAUGUUUUGAAAACUCAGGAAGAUUUUUAUCUACCGCGAAAACGUGCUUCUAAUUUUACUGCGGAUGAAAAGGCUAUAUUGGCGCAGCUAGUGAAAAAGUUUUGUAUAGUGGAGGCGAAACAAACUGACCGCAAAUCGGUUGCUAAAAAAAGGGAGGCUUGGGACUCGAUAACAAAGGAAUUUAAUAGUCAUUCUAAUGUUUACAAGCGUGAGACAGUAAGUUUAAGGAAAGCGUGGGACAAUUUGAAAGCUGUCGCACGUAAAGCUCGCAGUGUUGAAAGGGGAAAUUUUUUAAGGACUGGGGGUGGACCACAAGCUCCUACUCCCACGCCUCAACUUGGAGCAAUUAUAAGCAUGGUUGAAGAGGUGAGUACUAUUUGCUAAAGAA